AUCUGCUCAAAGCGUCAACUCAACUUGGCCAUGGCGGCAUCCAAGAAGGCCGUAUACGUGGCAGCGACCAGACAGCAUGUCGGCAAGACCAGCACGUGUCUGGGGCUUCUGCAGGGUCUCACAAACCGGUUCGACCACAUUGGCUUCCUAAAACCUGUGGGACAGCAGUCGGUGCUCGUCGAAAACAACGUUCGCGUGGACAAGGACGUUCGUGUCGCCAAAGAGAUCUUUGGGCUAGAUCGAUGCGAUUAUGCAGACAUGAGCCCUGUCGUGAUUCCACCAGGGUACACGCGGGACUACCUCGAUGGCAAAAUCUCUCUCGAGUCGCAGCUGUCGAAAAUCCGCACGAGCUUCGACCGGAUCGCGUCGCAGAAUGAAUUUACCGUCGUGGAAGGCACGGGGCACACCGGCGUCGGGUCCAUCGUGAACGUCAACAAUGCGCGCGUGGCGGCAGAGUUGGGCGUGGACAUGGUGCUCAUCGCGAAUGGUGGCAUCGGCUCGGCAUUCGACGACUUGUCGUUGAAUCGGGCCAUGUGCCAGCAGUAUGGCGUCCGCAUCCGUGGAGUUAUCCUCAACAAAGUUCGACCCAACAAAAUCGACAUGAUGUGGGACUACUUUCCCAAAGCCCUCAAGCAGUGGGAUAUCCCGCUGUUGGGCGUCGUGCCAGACCUGCCCCGACUUGCGCAGCACUCGAUGAUGGACUUCGAAGAUUUGUUCCAGACGACGCUGCUGAGCGGCCACUCGCGUCGCAUGAAGCAGUACAACGCCGUAAACCUCGUCACAUCUGGGCUGAGACGGUUCCUCGUCGAGCUCUCAUCCAACCACUUCAAUGACACGCUGUUCGUGGCGCACGCGAGUCGCAACGAUAUCAUCCUCGGCUUCCUCUCACAUAGCCAGAACUUUGAGCUCAAGACAGGUCAAGAGUUUGGGGGCGGGCUUAUCCUCACCGGCGUGCCCCCCAAGGACGAGCCCCAAGACUACACGAUGGACAUCAUUUCUCGCGCCAACUUGCCUGUGCUGUACGCGCCGCACACGACGUUUGAAGCUAUGGACAUGAUGGGCAAUUUUACCGCCAAAUUCAACGCCACCGACGUCAACAAAGUACUCUCUUGUGCCAAACACUACGAAGCGUGCAUCGACUUUGCCUCGUUGCUGCGCGAUGCUUAACCCUUUGAUUUUUUAAAUGUAACGUCGAAUGCGAGUCACGAUGAGUAUGCGACAGUGCGGGCACUCGGUCAGCUUGGCGGCGCACGUCGCGCACGUCUCGUGGCCACACCCAAACACAGUGUCCUUGACAUACUCCUGGCAGAUUGCGCACAGGUUGGCUUCUUCCAGCGCAUGGAUACGCUCCAGCAGUUCGUCCACGUUGCUAGUCUUCUUGGCCUCGGGGUUCAGGUCAAGGCCACAGAUCUGGCAUGCGACGUGGGUCGCGGGAUUUACAUAAGUGCAAUGUGCACAUGUCUGGACAUCAGUCGGAGUGUUGAAGCCAGCUACGGUGCUUUCAAUGAGCAAAUUCUGUACGUCAGGAGACGUGGCCACGUCAUACGCCACUUGGCCAGCCUGGACAUGUCAGAAUGCGUUGUCAAACAAUGAUACUAGUACGGCCG